AUGCGGAAAGCUAAGAGGAGCGGUGAUCAUCUCACUAGAAGCUUUCUUAAGAGCAGAAGAGCUUCCAAAAAUGAAUCAUUGGUCUCAGGUUGCUUCAUUGGGGACUCUGAUCAAGGUGUUCGGUCUGGGCUCAGUGAUAGGCUAAUAUCAUACAUGUCUAAAAGCGUCGUCUCUAUUACUUUGUACAAUGAAGGCACAAUCCUAUUUUCAUGCUCGGGCAUAGCUAUGGAACGCAAGGGGUGCCACCUUACAAGGUUUCUGACUUCUGCAAGUUUGGUUAGAGCUCUGAAUGGUACAAAUGAAGACCAUGAUGACUUGAAGAUUGAAGUGCGCCAUGAAGGCAAUGAAGUGUAUAUGGGGGUGAUGGCUGAAUAUGAUUUAGAUCGCAACUUUGCUGUUGUCAAUGUCGAUGCGUUCCUUGAUGUUCAGGUUCAAUCUUUCCAACAUGCACCGCGAAUUCUCCCCCAUGGUGAGAAAUUAGUAGUUAUGGGGCGUGACGUCAAUGGUGAAAUAAUGACCAAGAAUGUGGAAUCGGAUGGUGAUUUAAAGGUAUCUGAUGAUGAUGAAGAUCUUGAUUGUAAAAUCUCAGAGGCUUGGGAAGGUGGGCCACUUCUUUCUGUUGGUGGGAAGGUUGUUGGCAUGAACCUUUUUCUGACUACUAGAAGAGCCGUUUUCCUACCAUGUGGCACAAUUCUCAAGCAUCUGGAGCAUUACUGGACGUCCCAGCAAAAGAAGACUGGUCUUGCACGGUUUGGAGCAAGACCAAUAGCUGAGAAAUCUAACAGCCAUCCAGAAGUAUAUGUAGAAUUGCUCAACCAGGAGCAGUUCGAUCUAGAUUCCAUGGGUUACCCGAAGUUACCGUCCUCCAUGUUAGGAGCUGGCAUGAUUUUGGUUAAUACUUUUGAAGAGACUUUUGGCGACAUACAUGGUGAAGGUGUCUGGAGAAAAUUUAGUAAAAGAGCUUCUAACAUAAAUCACAAUGUUGUCGCACUGGCUUCAUUCAGUGGAGAAAAAAGGGUUUUUGCAUGCACGGGUUUCUUUAUUGAAUGGAAUGGAUCUAGGAUAAUUUUGACAUCAGCAAGCUUGGUUAGAAAUUCUGGUGAUGAGAACAAGAUUGUUGAAAACUUGAGGAUUGAAGUGUUGCUUAAUAACAGCCAAUGCAUAGAAGGGACACUACAGCAUUAUAGUCUGCAUUACAACGUCGCUCUAGUUACUGUCAAGGAUUACCCUGCCAUUCGUCCAUUAAAUACUCUGCUUCGUUGGGACAAGGCUUUUAAAGUAGCAGCUGUAGGGCGGUGCUUCAAAUCAGGUGUGUUAAUGGCUACUAGUGGGGAUCUGGUUUCCUGGACAGGCACACUUGAUUGCAAUUUCCUCUCAACUUCCACGUGUAAAAUCACUAAGGCUGGGAUUGGAGGCCCUCUUGUCAGUCUUGAUGGGGAUGUUAUUGGCAUGAACUUCUAUGAUAAGAGAAUAGGAACCCCGUUCCUGUUUUUGGAGGAGAUUUUCAAAAUUCUAGCAUUGUUUGAGACAAAAAGUAAACUUGGUGAAGCUGGCAAUGAUAGUGAUCCCUCUGGCACGCCUUUCUUGAAAAUGGAUGAAGAUGACAACAAUAAGUUGAACAGGUGGCCUGUGCCCAUGCCGUGCUGGCGCAAUCCUGACUACGUGGAUGAGGAUAAGUCUGAUGAUGAUGAUGUCUUUGAUCCCAAAUCUGGCCGCACACUGAGAUACGGUUACUUCAAGGGAAAGAAAGUCAUGCUCUUUUAG